GUGGCUGGUUGGGUUGAUAAUGUUGCGGGUUUACACCGGGCGGCGCCCUUUGAGAUUUAGCACCCCAAAUUACCCCUAAAACUACUAACACUAAUAAAUGUUUUAACAUUAUAGUUUCAAAGAAAAUAAAUUCAACUUUCACCUAAAAAAUGAUUAGCACUUGAAAAUAGUAUGAGGUUAGGUUAAAAAUAGACACGUCAGGCAAUCUGUCAAUAGACAAAUUUGGCAACGUGGCAAGAUUACGUGCGAGUAUAUUCAUCCUUUUUCAACAAUAUAGGAAAGAAAAGAGCAUGAAUAUAUUUAAGCAAACAGCUGGAGGUUUUAUAAACAAAACAAAAACAUAACCUCAAUAUAUUUUUGUUGAAAAAUUCCAUGAAAAAUGCAAAACGUACAAAUCCCUGACCAAAAAUGCUGCACUCCGGAAACAGUGAGUCAAAAAUUAAGGAUCCUCUGUUUGCACGGCUACAGACAAAACGCCGAAGUGUUUCGAGCUAAAACGGGCUCCUUUAGAAAAAUGGUCCACAAAUGGGCCCAGUUCAAUUACAUUACGGCGCCCCACAAAGUGAUUUUAGUCGAUGAUAUUAAUGUUCUAGAAGAUCCCGAUAUUGGACAGACAAAGGAUGAAGAUCAGUAUGGCUGGUUCUUUAAUAGGGACGAUAAAACAUACAGAGGUAUAAGAAAAGGAGGCCCAGCAAUAGGUUUUGAAGAAUCAGUACAACUCGUAGAGCAAGCCUUUGAAAAAGAAGGACCAUUCGAUGGGAUUUUAGGAUUUUCACAAGGGGCCUGCUUUGUAGGACUUUUAUGUGAUUUACAACAAAGAGGAUUGACAAAGCACAUCAAAUUCAAUUUCGCAAUAAUGGCCAGCGGUUUUAAAUCUCAAAGUUGGCCUCAUUUGAAAUAUUACUUGGAUACUCUAACUUUGUCUAGCUUGCAUAUAUUUGGUGAAACUGAUAAAAUAAUUCCAACAGAAAUGAGCGAGGCAUUAUCUGAAAGCUUUGAAGAUCCAAUGAUAGUUAUACACCCAGGAGGGCAUUAUUUGCCAGCUUCUGCACCACAAAAACACGAAUACCAAAAGUUUUUCAAAGUGCAAAUGUUACAGAAACAGUAUAGGGAAGACAAUGAUGAAUAAAUCCAAUUGUUGAAUAAAUAAUUUAUUAUUG